GCGGUCCAGGUGCUGGUGCCUGGGCACGAGGACGCCGGCGGGUGCCUUCUUCUUUCGGAGCUCACCGGCAGCCUGCGGGGCUUCCUCAUAGGCCUGUGCGCCAUCUGCUUCCUGGUCGGCGUGCUCGUGAGGAUCAUCAUUUGCGAGUGCCCGCCCGGGGAGUACACCGACGUCGUCGGCGACCCAGUACCUCCAGCUCUAGUGACGAAGUGCUUCUACUGCCUCACACCAGACGGGGACAUCUACCCGCAUCUCUUGGCGGCCGGGCCGCUGGCUGGAGUGGUGGUGCUCGACAAGACGGGCCAGCCCAUCGACUCCACCUCCGAAGGCCAGAAGCUUCGGAGGAGGCACUCGGUUCACGGCGCCGACUGGGAGCCGACGCCGCUCGACUACGUGGCAGCCUUGCAGUUCUGCCGCCCCGAGGCGCUCUCCAGCGGUCAAUUGAACCGGCGCCUCCGUGGGAAGCAGCCGUGGCCAGUGGCGGGAGCGCCAUCAGGGGAUGGAGCAGCGAGGAUUCCGACUAACAUGGAGGUCUCGGACGGGGCCCUGCCUAAGCCGCCUGAUGGGCACUGUUGGGAGAUCCUGGCCACGACGGGCUCGGACACCGUGCGCACAGAGUUUCUCGGCGGCGCGACCGACGGCUACGCGGUCGCUGGGGGUUUCGGGCUCGUGCUGAUGGGGUCGGAGGCGCACGCCGUGAGAGUGGUGAGGCGCGACGAGCUCGGCGGCGACGGGGACCUGGACGCCCGGGUCCUCAGCAUCAAGGUCAACUCCGACGGCGAGCGCCGCCGAUUGUUCAAGGACGCCGUCAACCUCCUCAGCGAGACGACUUGGCCCUUCUGGCCAGUGCUCGGUCCUCGGACCACUCGCUGGUGCCUGCGCUUCCUGGCCGACCAAGAUGCUCAUCCACGGUCGCGCCACACGAAGUGGAAGCACGAGACCGGGCUCACUGCCAGCGACCCCGGCGUCGCCGAGCACGAACUAUGCAUGCGCGUGUUCGACGUCGCCAUGUCGUUCGACCAGCUGAACGUCAGCGAGCUGGCCGCGUUCGAGUACAUCGCGAGGCGGGCACAGCUCAUCGAGCACCGCUACCGCGAGAGGGUCAUUGGCCGCCCCGACGGCGUCGACGGGGCUGAGGAAGACUACCUCAUGAUGGGGGCCUCGGAGACGCGCGGCCACCUGAUGAUCGCGCCGGAGCUCCAGGACUACAUCACGGCCGAGCUCCACCGCGAGGCUGGUGUGCUCAAGGAGCGGAGCCACCCGCCGGUUGGGCCGCCCUCGGGGCGUGCUCUGCCGGCUCCCUCGGCUGGGAUGGUGGUCUCUCGCGAGCUACUGCCUAUCAACCUGGCCGCCCUCUCGGCCCCGCGCGAGUCGCCUGGCGCUGGCCGUUGCAGCCGCAGCGUCCGCAGCCGGGCCCUCCGCCGGACCCUCGUCGACGAGCGCGUGCGCGAGUCGGUGACUGCCCUCAACCUUCUGUACAACCACGGCGAGGCCCAGGUCUCGCACCAACUUUCUCUCGCUCAGGUCCGUGGUGUCGAGCAUCUCCGACGUGGUUGGGAGCGACUCGGCGCCCCGGAAGUGAGCCCCGCGGCAGCCUGCAGUGAGCUGUGCGGGAGCAGGCCCGGGCACGGCGACCCGGCGAAGACGGCUCCUUACCAGCGAGACCUCGUCUCGCUGCCGACCGGCGGGGUCCUGGCCGAGGGGGGCCGGUGCCUCGGCGGCGCGGCUCUAAGCUUCUGGAAGGAGUGGCGACAGCAUCUUUUGCGGCCCGGUGUCAGCCGGGAGGCAGUGCAGAAAUUCAAGCCUCACGUCGACAGUCGGCUACGUGCGAGGGGUACCUACGCCCAGUUCGCGUUGGACCUUCAGGCCGCCGGCUUGGUGAACCUGAAAGGCCGUCUCGACGCGACCCUGGGGGUGUUCUUCGCGUGGAAGAGUGAUGGCGCCUGGCAGAGACUGAUAUUCGAUACUAGGGGUAGCAACGAGUUUUUCAACGCUCCCGAGUAUUCUCAGCUGCCCACGGACAGACGGGCAGCCGCCGGCCUCGAGGAAGGGCCUCUCGCUGCCGUCUAUGUCGACGGGGUCGCUUUUCUCGGGACCAGCGAAAAGUGCUGCUCGGACGGGUGCGCGUCCGCCGUCGAGCUCCUGGGAUCCCGCGGUCUGGUUUGCAAGGGGAUGGUCGGGGCGUCUGAACAGCAGUCUUUUACGGGCCUCACGUUCGAACGCAGCUCGGGAAUCAUUUCGCUUUCGACCCGGCGCUUGUGGAAAAUCCGCUUGGGGCUCCUGGAGCUCUGCCGUCAGGGCUGGUGCACCGGGGUCCAGUUGCGCCGGGUCCUGGGCCAUUUAACCUGGGCCUUCCUGUUGAAACGGGAGCUUUUGUCUAUCCUCAGCAGUGCUUUCCGUUUUUGUGAAAUGGCCGGGGAGCAGCGGUGGCGUCUUUGGAGUUGCGUGGCUCGGGAGCUGCGGAUCGCGGCGGCGCUUUUGCCGUUCGCCGCUGUCGACACCAAGAGGCCGUUCGACCCGUGCGCGAUGGCCUCCGACGCUUCCGGGGCCACCGAGUUCGACUUCGGGGGUUUCGGCGUCUGCGAGCGGGCUUGGGACUUGGAGGCAGUUCGAGCCGUGGCCAGCCGUGCGGAGAGGUGGAGGUACUGCGUCGAGGAUGCUAUCUGCGCCCGGGAGCAGAGUCUCGGGCUGCGCCCUCAGGGCCCCUCCAAGCCUCGAAGCUCCCAAGUGAGAGCCCGCCGUGUGGUCACCGACUUCUUCCACAUCGAUGGGGAGCAGAUCGGGGAUUUCGACACCUGGUCCACCGUUUUGUUCGGCCGGUUCGCCUCGUCGGAGAAUAUUACGCGGGCGGAGGGGCGGGCCCUUGCGAUGGGGGCCCGGCACAAGCGCGACCCGCGCGGGCCGGCGUUCCGCGAUGCUCCGGCGGCCUGGGCCAGGCCUGGAGGCGCGGCCGGCGCGAGCCUUUCGGCCGGCGCCGCUUUCGAUCGGGAGCUCGAGCGGACCGUCGCGCAGCGGGCCCGCGGACAGCUUGCAGCUCCGCCCGGGCUUUGCGGGCUCGGCGACAGCCUCGAUCCCGAGGCCCGCCCCGCCGGCCUGGCGCGGUGCGACGUCGAGCCCAUCGCUUCCAGGGCUGCGGCGGAGGGCCUGACGUUCCUGCAGACGUCUCGAGCGGGGCACCGGACACAGCUGCAGCACCAGCGGGCUUACACCGACUUCCUGGACUGGAGCCGGGGGGAGGAGCUGAGGAUCAGCACCGUGGCCAACCUAGAUCGGUCCCUCGCCAGCUAUCUGGACCACUUGUUCUUCGACGGCUGGAAUCGGGACCAGGGCGAGAAGACCUUGGCGGCGGUCCUCUUCUCCCACCCGAGCCAGGGUUUGAAGCGGCCGGGGGCCCUGGAGGGCAGCCGAGCCGCGCUCAAGGGUUUCAAGAAGAUGGCUCCCGGCCAGACCCGCAGGCCACUUCCCAAGCAGGGGGUUUUCGCGAUCAUCGGGGCCGGCGUGUUCUGCGGCUUGCUCGACUUCUGCCUCGGCCUCCUCGUCGCUUGGGACGCGUACCUCAGGUUGCCCAGCGACUUGAUUGGCAUGGUGGGUGGGUCCUUGGUGGCGCCAGCUCGGCGGAGCCGGAUCAACCGGUGGGCCAUUUUGCUAUUCCCCGAGGAGCUGCCCGACCGAAGCAAGACGGGCCACUUCGACGAGGGGAUGGCGCUCGAGUCGGAGGCCGCGCAGAGCGCGAGCUUCGCCCUGCAGGCCCUGGAGUCGCGGAGCCAGGCGGACAAGCCUCUGCGGCCGUUCUCCGGCCCGAAGUUCCGCCAGGACUUCGCUGCUUGCGCCAGCCUGGCGGGGCUCGAGGACGUGCACCCGCACCAGGCCCGCCACGGAGCCGCCUCCCACGACGCGCUGUUCAAGGUGAGGGAGUUCGGAGCGGUCCAGGAGCGGCUCAGGCACCUGAGCGAGUCCAGCACGCGCCGGCACCGCAAAGGGACCCGCUACCUGGCCGAGUGCGAGAAGCUGCCCCCCGAGAUCAAGGCGUUCGGCGAGUGGGUCGAGGCCAACCUCGCCGGCCUCUUCUCCGGGCGGCUGCGCUGCCGCGCUGGAUUCUGGAAGGCUGGCGACACCCUCGACUCCGCGACGCGCCUGAGCCGGGACGCCAUCCACAGAGCAUGGUCUCAAGCCUUUUCGGCCGCCUCCGCCGCUGCCCCCCGCAAAGGCAAAGUUAUCCUUGAUUUGUUCUCGGGGGCUGGGGGCAUCGCUCGCGGUCUUCGCAAGUGUGGCGGUUGGGGAGUCAUUGAGGUCGAUGCUAAACUUAACCCCGCUUUUAACCUCAACAAUCCCGUGGUCGUAGAUCUGAUCGCCGGGUGGAUCAGCAGCAAGCUGGUCCGGGGAGUUUGGCUGGCCUUUCCCUGCUCCACGUGGAGCGUCGCCUCCCGCGGGCGGCACCGAACCCACUCCGAUCUUUUUGGGCGACCCGACCUGGACCCGGUGGGCUUCGAGAGGUCGUAG